AUGAACGCCUCGCUCGCACAAACGAGCGACGACGAGUUUGGCUACGAUUUCGAAUCCGACGACGAAGAGCUUCUCAUACAACUGGCUUCGAAACACUCGCUGCCGCCGAAACAAUCAACAGACACGAUUGCUCUCGGUGCAGCUCCCAGCGCGCACUUUGAGGCUUCACAAGAGAACAAGCAGUCUCAGAAAUAUGCACUCCGCAGCGCCGCGAUCCCGCUCAGCCAGGUCGAGAAGAAGCAGGAACCAUCGCCAACACCAACGAAAGACCUGAAGCAGGCUUUCCCGUCUGCUUCCUCCGUCGAUGGAACAGUCAUUUACCCCGAUCUUACCAGCGCGUUGAAAGCGAUCGAAUCCGUCCAGUCGCCGCCGCCUACAGACGCCAGCGACGAUGACGAUGACGCCGCAUUCGAAGACGACCGCUCGCCACUGCAGAGGUUCCGAUCGUUUCCCAAGAGGCCUCUCACAGUGAGCGAUCUGACUGCUGGCGCAUGGUGCGAGCUCCAGUACUGGUAUACGCUCACGCGGCUGCCUGGCGGACGGAAAACUCGCACGCCGGCCAUGCAGCAAGGGUCCAAGGUGCAUAAGAAGCUGGAAGACGAGGUCCACACGACCGUCAAAAUUGAGAUCCUCAACAAGGAAGAUGGAUUCGGCUUGAGACUGUGGAAUCUUGUUCAAGGGCUCAGAACGCUGCGGGAUACGGGCAUGACGAGGGAGCUCGAGGUCUGGGGCAUGGUGGACGGCAACCUGGUCAACGGUGUCAUCGAUCAUCUAAGCUACGACAAUCCGAACCCGGAAUUCGAAGAAGAGCUCUCCAGCAGAGCAAAUGAGCCCAACCCCAACCAAUCGUUCAUAUCCGACUACUUUCCACCCCCCAGGUCUGGCAAACCUAGUGGCAGCAACCGCCAGAUUUUCCUCACCGACGUCAAGACCCGGGGAACCUUGUCACCUAUAUCACCAGCCGUCAUUCGCCCUGCAAAGAUUCAACUACUGCUAUACCAUCGCCUGUUGUCAGACAUGGCGGCCGGCAAGCUAGACUACUUUAGAGUGUUUAGACGAUACGGCCUCGACGCCGACGAACGCUUCUCCGACACAUUCAUGUCCCAGAUAGGAGAGCUCCACGACGAAAUCUUCUUCGACACCCCGACGAGCUCUGCAGAGGAAUACGCUGACCAGCCCAACAACGCAAGCAAAGAGCGCGCCCCUCCAAACGACAACACCACCACCAUUGACUCAUCCCCCGGCGUCCCCGACCUCCUGAAAUACGGCUCCCUCCGCGAACUCCUCACGCUCGUCGGGAACGAAAUCCGACUCACGUUCCCCCGCGGCGCGGAGUCCCUCGGCCCCAUCCUCCGCGUGCAGUACGUCUUCCGGGAAGACAGCCGCGAGCUCAACGUCCACGACUUCCCCGUGUCGGAACAGGCGCUGGAUGCCUAUCUCGCGGGCGACUUGGGCUGGUGGAAGGGCGAGAGGAGGCCGCGCGGCGUCAGGCUCGAGGAGGCCUUCAAGUGCUCGUCGUGCGAGUUUGCGGCGAGUUGCAGGUGGAGGAGGGAUCAGGAUGAGGAGAGGGUCAAGAGGACGCAGGAGAGGGUCAAUCGGGCCAAGCAGGCUGUCGAGCUACGAUUCUGA